AUUACCGGCGACUACCGGCCGAUCAUCUUGACACUCUCCAAUGUUUCAAACACCCCUAAAAGUGAAAGUUCUCUUAAAAAUAUCUCAGGAAAUUCCUAAAAAAUUGUGGAAGUACUGGUGACACUUGUGGAUCUGUCUCUGGAGCCCUCAGGACUUCUUAAAACCCCGGAAAAUUCCCUAGUGCCUCCUACGAUUCCCUGAACGUCACUUGCAACACAUUCCAACCUCCAAAAAAUGUCUUCAAAGAGGUAAUUUCUCAAAAUUCUAGUCGAUUCCCCCCUAAAACCUGAAAAUGCCAAGGAAUUCCGUCCCUCCUCCUACAAUAGCCUCAACAUCCCCUGGAUGUCCAUUCUGACCUCAAAAAAUUCCCUCAAAUUCUUGAACAAAAAAUCACAUAAAUUUCUUUCCAAACCUCCUACCAAAACCCCCCUAAAACCUCAUGAGGCCUCCUGGCGACCUGAACAAAUCCCUCUCUGCACCUGCCACCCCCUAGAUGUCCCUCCCCCACGUCAUUUUCUCCUCCAAACCAUUUCCCCCCUCCCAUACCCUAUGAAAAAGUCCAUAAUCGUCCCAGAAAACCGAUUAUACGAUUGGGAAAAUGUUUGAGACGUCCGGAUGGUCGUCCUCUCGUGAUGAGGAGAUCCACAAGGCAGCGGGUAAUGUCCAGCUUCGUAAGUAUGGUCAGUUCUUCUCCCGGCUCUCGCGAAUCUGGUGGGAGCCCUCAUCCAGCCUGGAACAUGUUCUCGAGGGCCCAAUUCGUCUGGUAUAUCGUAUCACCGAGUGCGAGAGUCUGCUCUCCCUCUCGGACAUGGAGAACAAGCACCUGUCGAAGGUCUUGGCGACAGUGGCGGGCACUUGCAGGGAGAUCCGUGAGCUGAAAUCCGAGUUUCCCAUCUUCUACUCAAAGCUCCUCUACAACUCCGAGAAGAAUCACCAGGACAACUACAGCGGCUUCUUCGGGGACUUGCAGGACCUGUCGGUCUUCUGCAACCGCAUCUCCUCAGUGAUCCACCUGGGGAUCGCUCAGCUGUCGAGCCUGACGAAAUCAUCCAACGAGAUCUACCUGCCGGUGUUGAUCGAGCACCUCAUCGACCUCUUCGUCAUCCUGGUGACCUUGGACGAGGUAAUCGAGGCGCACCAGACCCUCCAGGAGAACUGGCGUAAGUACCGUAUCCAAGUGCGGACAGUAAUGCACAAUCCGCAGAAAUUUUCACUCCCCGAGAAUCGUCUCGUGACAUUCGACAAACUCCUGAAGGACCUCCACGCCCAGUUAUUCACGCGGAAUUUAUUUCUCCGGGCGUUGGAGGGGGUCAUGAACGUCAGCAAGACACCGGUGAUGAACGACCACCUGUUGAGCUACCUCAGGACGAUGUCCAGCGAAAUCGAAACUAAAAUUCUCUCACCGCACCUGAUCGCCCGACAGGUCGUGCGGAUGAACGUGGGGAUCGUCCUGUCGACGAAGCUCUUCGGCGUCUGCGACAAGAAGUUGCAGAAGCGAAUGGCAGAGAUAAACAAGAAGAUCUACGGAGUCACCCUCGUCGGGAAUGUCCUGUGGGUGCCCUCGCGGUAUCUCGCGGAGAUCCUCCCGAAGGACUUCGGCAACUCCGUCGUGACGUCCCAAGUUGGGGAGAAACUCCUCACCGCAAUGAUCCAGAAGCUUCCGGGGAAUUAUGGGGCGAUCCUCCAGCGAUCGAUGAUCUGGUGCAUGGACGCCCGGAAUCUGCUGUCGGACUCGGAAUUUCAGAUUCAAGACAUCAAGAAGCAGUACAGCCUCUUGAAGCAGGUGGUGGGUCUUCUCCAGCAGAUGAACGAGAUCGUCUUCACGAUCACGAACCUCCACGCAGAACUCUCCAAGCCAAUGACCCGCGGAACGGUCCAGAUCAUCUGCAGAUUAGUGGAGAUGGAGAAGACCCUGGAGUCUACCCUUCAUUUCCUCGGGCCUAACAUCGUCCAGGCGCAGGGGCGAUCCCUUCAGUGUCUCGCCUACGAGAUCCUCCUGAUCCUGGAGUCCGCACGGAAGGGCCUCAUCCAGAAGGACCAGGGCUACAGUCGGGAACGCCUCGAUGCGCUGUCCCUGAUGAGUCUGGCCAUGAGACUGAUCGACACCGCACCCUCUUCUGACCGCCGACUGAUCGCCCGCUGCGCCCUGACUAUCUCCCGCCAGCUGGCGGACACCUUCAAGGACGAGGACGCCGUCAACCUCAAGCAGAAGCUGGACGACUUCGACACAAUCGCCGACCUGGACACCAUCAUCUCCGAGGCGUGCGACUACUCAGUUCUCCUCCACCACCAGAGCAUGAUCCCGGCCUAUCUGACGUCGGUGGCAGAAGCUGAUCAGGACGUCAGUCACGUUUUGCAUCUUCUGAACGCAUUCAAUUCCGCGGUCGUCAAGACCGGACGGUCCGAGGUGACGGAGGUCAAGGUUAAGGACAUGAAGGAGUCACUCAUCAAGUACAUACUUGAGCCCGCCUGUCGCGAGAUCGAGACCAGCCUCCGCCUUCACGUGCACGCGCACCUCAAACUCGAUUCUGCUAAUCCAAUGAAAAUCGGGGUCAAGGACGGCGGACGAAUCGUUCGCUCGUCGCCGCUGCCCAUCGCCAAUUCUCUCGUAAGUUCCAAACGAUUUAUCGAACACUACCUCGACGACAUGUUCUACAACCUGACGACGGUGGCGCUUCACGACUGGAAGACCUACAGGACGAUGCACACACUCGCGAAAUACAAAUUCGGUUUGGAAACUGUCCAGAAUCAUCUGCCCACCCAGACACUCGAGCAGGGACUCGACGCCCUGGAGAUCAUGCGCAAUAUCCACGUUUUUGUCUCGAAGUAUCUCUACAACCUGAACACGCAGACGUUCGUGGAGCACACGAGUGCAAACAAACAUCUCAAUACAAUUGGCAUUCGUCAUAUUGCCAAUUCAAUUCGCACACACGGAACCGGAAUUAUGAGCACAACUGUCAAUUUCGUUUAUCAGUUUCUCCGGGUGAAGCUCCACACGUUCUCCCAAUUUCUAUUUGACGAACACAUCAAGUCGCGUCUUCUCCGGGACAUUCGGUUCAUUCGCUCCCAGAGGGAACGCGACGAUGUUCCGUACACGUACGAACGCGCGGAGAAAUUCCAGAAGGGAAUUCGCAAACUCGGAAUGUCCCCGGAGGGAUUGAGUUAUCUAGAUCAUUUUCGUCAAUUGAUAACGCAGAUUGGGACUGCACUCGGGUACGUUCGGCUUAUCCGCUCGGGUGGACUGCACGCGUCGGCAAACGCCGUUUCGUUCCUUCCGGAGAUCAAGUCGUCAGCGCAUUUCGAAAACGCAUGCGAUGGCCUUGAGUAUUCCGCGACGACCAGAGCAGCGGCAAAACGUUUGGACGACGACAUCGGAAAUCUCGUGCGGAAUUUCACGGAGGGAAUUCAGUACUUUAAAUUACUGGUGGAUGUCUUCGCUUCCUCGUUUCGCGACUCCAAGAGCUUUCAUCUCCAGCAAUUCUACGCCAUCAUUCCUCCGCUGACCUUGAGCUUCGUGGAUAAUGCAGUCGCGAAUAAGGAGAAGAUCUUCAAGAAGAACAAGGAUGGAGCUGCGUUUACGGACGAUGGUUUUGCAAUGGGUGUUGCGUAUAUCAAUGCACUGCUCGAUCAGGACGCGGAAUUGGACGGACUCCAGUGGUUUGAGACGGUCAAUCGACAUUUUAGUGAUGAAAAAAUGGCGGCAGAAGUCAGGGCAGAUGGAGGUGAUGAGAAGCUGCAGCAGACGAAGGCACUCACGUUGAAGAGAAUUGCACAACGAACUGCUGAGUUCCAAUUGCUUUACUACUCGUUGUCAGGGGCUAGGGUUUUUUUCAAACAACCCGAGGGGUGAGUUUUAUUUGGAGAUUACAGGGAACGGUCUGGAUGGUUCCUGGCGGUCUCUGGGAGUUUUUGGAAUUCUGCAUUUUGGGAAUAAACGAGUUCUUGGGGAGUUGUUUUGUGAGGAAUUCUUUGGGAAUUUUUUGGGAAUAAAUGAGUUUUUGUGA